AUGGCUGGUGGAGGCGCAACAAAGUCUCCCGAGGAGCAACAGGCGGCUAUCGAUGCGGCCAACGAGAACACCUCCCUCUCCAACUAUCUGUAUUACAUCUGCGCCGCCAUUGCUGCGGCAGUCAUCAUAUGGAGAGUAUGGACCGUCAUUGUGAGGUAUGUCCGUACCGUCGCCUGUCUCAACAACGACAACCAGCGAUAUUUUGCCCAGUCGGACUCCAAGGUCUCCUGGAUGAAGAAGAACAUCCUCUACGCCCCGGUCAUGAGCAAGCGUCACAACCGCGAAAUCCAGCUCAGCUCUGCCAUCAACGUUGGCACACUGCCCAGCCGACUCCAGCUGCUAUUUCUCACCGGUUACUUCGCUACAAACAUUGCCUUCUGUGUCAUCAACAUCCCCUUCGCUGGCUCCUUUGCUGCGGCCGCCUCGAUGCUUAGAAACCGGACUGGCACCUUGGCCGUUGUGAACAUGAUUCCCUUGUUCCUGAUGGGUGGACGAAACAACCCUUUGAUUCCGAUGCUCGGCAUGUCCUUCGAUACCUUCAACUUGUUGCAUCGCUGGUUCGGUCGCAUUGUGAUUCUGGAGGCUCUUGCGCACACGCUGGCUUGGAUGGCCAACACGGCCAAUCAAAGCAGCUGGCAGGUCGCAAUCACCUCAGCAACCACUGUCCCCUUCUUGCUCUUCGGCUUUGUUGCCACUUGUGCGUUCGUGGCCAUCGGAUUUCAGGCUUCCAGCCCGAUCAGACACGCCUUUUACGAGACGUUCAAGCUCCUCCACAUCUUGCUUGCCAUCACGGCUGUCAUAGGUACUUGGUACCACUUGCAGAUGAAGGCUCUCCCCCAGCUCAAGUACAUGUGGCCCGUCGUCAUCUUCUGGGCCGGUGACCGCGUCUGGCGCGCCUGGAGGGUGUUUUACGGCAACGUCGGUCACGGAGGUAGCAAGGCGCUUGUUGAAGCUCUGCCCGGCAACGCCUGUCGCGUCACGGUGACCAUGGCUAGACCCUGGACCUUCGGACCCGGCCAGCAUGCCUAUGUGUACAUGCCGUCCCUCAGCUUGUUGCAAUCUCAUCCAUUUUCCGUUGCUUGGAGCGAAGAGGCUGAGGAUCCCAUGGCUGAGAAGGGUUCUCUCAACCGUCAAGACAUUCUCGCCAUGCGCAAGACCACCAUGUCCUUCGUAAUUCGCGCCCGCACUGGCAUGACUAACACACUGUAUCGCAAGGCCGCGGCUUGCCCUGAGGGCAAAAUGACUACGACGUGCAUGGUGGAGGGGCCCUACGGCGGACUACACAGCAUGCGCUCCUAUGGCACCGUUAUGUUGUUUGCUGGUGGCGUUGGAAUCACUCAUCAAGUACCUCACGUGCGUGACCUUGUUGCCGGCUAUGCGAACGGAACGGUUGCCGCGAGGAAGGUAAUUCUCAUCUGGACUAUCCAGAGCCCCGAGCAUCUCGAGUGGAUCCGACCUUGGAUGACAGAAAUCUUGGCUAUGGAGAAGCGAAGGGAUGUCCUCCGCAUUAUGCUCUUCGUCAGUCGGCCAAGAUCGACCAAGGAGAUUCACAGUCCUUCGUCCACUGUUCAAAUGUUCCCUGGCCGCCCCAACAUCGAGACUCUCAUCAAAGCUGAGCAGGAGUCGCAAGUCGGCACCAUGGGCAUUAGUGUCUGCGGUCCUGGCGCUCUCAGCGACGAAGUGCGCCGCGCUGUUCGCGAUCGCCAGCAUGACUCGGCCAUUGAUUUCAACGAGGAGGCCUUUUCAUAUUAA